AUAAAAAAAAAAAAGAAGAAGAAGAAAGCGGGUCUGGCAGGAGGAAACAGGCGAGGGACUGCGGGAGGUGCAUGAGGAGCCGCCAUGGAGCACAUUCGGAUGCCCAAGGUGUACUCUGCAGAGAAAGCCAGAUCCGUACCUUGAGACCUAUACUCUGCUGAGAAAGCCUGAGAUCCGUACCUAGACUCCUACAAAAACAUCUUUAAUGCAACUCUUUUGUGUCCUGCACAGCUCAAAUGGCCAGGUGGAAAACGUUCGGUUACUUGAUCGUUUAUCAUCAAGAAAAGCUGCACUGGGAACCUUGUAUUUAACUGCUACCCAUGUCAUAUUUGUGGAGAAUGGUUCUGAAACUCGUAAAGAAACCUGGGUUCUUCACAGCCAAAUUUCCUCUAUUGAGAAGCAAGCCACCACUGCCACUGGUUGCCCAUUGCUGAUCCGCUGCAAGAACUUCCAGGUCAUCCAGUUGGUAAUCCCUCAGGAACGAGAUUGCCAUGACAUUUACAUAUCUUUGAUACGUCUGGCACGACCAGUGAAAUACGAAGAGCUGUAUUGUUUCUCAUUCAAUCCAAAAUUAGAUAAAGAAGAACGAGAACAAGGCUGGAAGUUUGUGGACCUCAAUGAAGAAUACAAUCGGAUGGGUAUUCCAAACAACUAUUGGCAGAUUAGCGAUGUAAACAGAGACUAUGGAGUCUGUGACUCCUAUCCUACGGAAGUGUAUGUACCAAAGUCUGCAACUGCACACAUCAUAGUGGGGAGCUCUAAAUUUCGGAGCCGAAGGCGUUUCCCAGCUCUUUCCUACUACUACAAGGAUAACAAUGCCUCCAUAUGUAGAAGCAGCCAGCCUUUAUCUGGCUUUAGUGCUCGAUGCCUUGAGGAUGAACAGAUGCUGCAGGCAAUUAGAAAAGCAAAUCCAGGAAGUGAUUUCGUAUAUGUUGUUGACACUCGACCCAAACUCAAUGCAAUGGCAAACAGAGCAGCAGGGAAGGGAUAUGAAAAUGAAGAUAACUACUCCAACAUCAAGUUUCAAUUCAUAGGCAUUGAGAACAUCCACGUCAUGAGAAACAGUCUGCAGAAAAUGCUUGAAGUUUGUGAGCUGAAAUCGCCUUCAAUGAGUGAUUUUCUGUGGGGCCUAGAAAAUUCUGGCUGGCUGAAGCAUAUCAAAGCCAUUAUGGAUGCUGGAAUUUUUAUUGCAAAGGCUGUGGCUGAGGAAGGUGUGAGUGUUCUUGUUCACUGCUCUGAUGGCUGGGAUAGGACAGCCCAGGUUUGCUCGGUAGCGAGCCUUCUAUUGGAUCCAUAUUACAGAACUAUGAAGGGAUUCAUGGUGUUAAUUGAAAAAGACUGGGUUUCCUUUGGUCAUAAAUUUAACCACAGGUAUGGCAAUUUGGAUGGUGAUCCAAAGGAGAUAUCCCCUGUUAUUGACCAGUUCAUCGAGUGUGUUUGGCAGUUAAUGGAACAGUUUCCUUGUGCCUUUGAAUUCAACGAGAGAUUCCUCAUUCACAUACAGCAUCAUAUCUAUUCUUGCCAGUUUGGGAAUUUCCUGUGUAACAGCCAGAAGGAGAGGAGAGAGCUGAAAAUCCAAGAACGAACAUAUUCAUUGUGGGCUCACCUGUGGAAAAAUCGUGCCGAUUACCUGAAUCCUUUGCAUAGAUCAGAUCGCAGCCAAAGCCAAGGGACCCUGCACCCACAGAUGGCUCCAUACAACUUCUUGUACAAGUUCUGGAGUGGUAUGUACAACCGUUUUGAAAAGGGGCUGCAUCCUCGACAGUCAGUGACUGAUUAUUUGAUGGCAGUGAAGGAAGAAACCCAGCAGCUGGAGGAAGAGCUUCAGGUCUUAAGAGAGAGACUGGCAAAUCUUCAGAAAUCACAAUUAUAUGAUAAUGAAGUCAAGAGUAAGCAACAAGACCAAAGCAAACAGUUACGUCUUUCUACUUCCACUUCCAACAGCUGCUUAGCUAACACUCCCCAGGAGUACAGCAACGAUCUGAAAUCAUUCCCAUCCCGGAGCCCUUCACAAGGAGAUGAGGAAGAUUCAGCCCUGAUUUUGACACAGGACAACCUGAAAAGCUCUGAUCCUGACCUCUCAGCUAACAGUGAUCAGGAAUCUGGUGUGGAGGACUUAAGCUGUAGGUCCCCAAGUGGAGGGGGCUGUUUGCCUAGUGAAGACAGUGGCAAGGAUUCAGAUGAGGCUGUAUUUCUGGCAAUCUAAAAUACCUUCACAACAGCAAGCAUUCAGAUGGAGUCAUGUCUUUCACAGUCUGGAAUGACAUCUUUUCAUCAGAUGAAGAAUGGAAGUGUUUUGUGGCCUAAAGAAAUAAUCCAAAGAAAGGGAACUGUGCAAUUACGUAAGUAAAGAUCUAAGAAGAACAAGCCAUUAUCAGUUUUAAGAUACAAUGCUAAAGAAGGGUAACAUUUACUGCUGUUACAUUUAGCUAAGCCAACGUGGUGUUUGUUUUAACUUUAUCAAUGCUGUACAUAAUUACUCCUUGCUUUGUACAUUUCCGUAUUUAUUUAUUAUACAAAAUAAUAUUUCUUCUUCAAAGAUGUGAAUUUCCAAACUACUCUUACACAUAGAAACAAGUUUGAAGGAUCAUUAGUGCUAGCUUUACUGGUGAAUCAGUCAAAACUCAUCUUGGUAGAGCUCUUUUGCCUUCAGACAUAUUGUGUAUACUCUUUUUUUUUCAUAGGUCUUAAAUUUUGAAUUCCGACAAUUAUUUUACAUAUUCUCCUACUAAAAGCCUUUAGAGCAAAGUAAAUCUAACAAAUGGACAUGCUUGCCUAGGGGACAAAUGAAACUUCGAUCCUGCAAAAAAUAUCCUUUAGUAAGCUUUUAAGCUGCUGCAGGUGAAUGCAUCCCAUUUUUACUCAACUCUCCACCAGUGUUGAAAAUUGAGUAGUUUCUGUGAGCAAAACUUCAAGGAAUGUAACAAUACUUACACAGCCUUUGUGGUAAAGCAUCCCUUUAUAAAGAAAGGUACACUACGCAAUGUACGUUGUCCUUUUGUUUUAUUCUCAAAUUUGAUUGUUUAUACCUUGCCUUUGUUCUAAACAGCGUACAGAAGAUGCAAAGGUAAAAUUUUUAAGGUAAUAAACCCCCAUGUCCUCCAUCCUGUUUUGAUUCCUAUUUGGAAAUGUUUUGAGUGGGAGUUGAGGUCCAUAUACAGUAAAGAGAACAGGGAACCCAACAUCACUUAUAUAAAUCACUUACAAAAGUAUUACUCCAAAUUCAGAAUGAAAGGACAGUUCAGCCCAUAAAGGAACUGUUAUAAAGAACAUUUCUUCAAAAUUUAUUGUUCAAAAUGAACCAAGGGAUUUUUUUUCUUAUCCUUACACAAAAUCCCUCUUUAGUAUUUCCCAACCUGAAAAAUGCUAAUUUAAUAAAUAGACAAUUCACCACAACAAAAAGUUUAAUCUUGUCGGGUUUAAGAAUUUUCAUUGUUUCUAAGAGUAUGAGUAAUAGCUUUUGUAAUCAUAGGUACAGAAGUAAACCACUGAGAAAUGUUUAAAACUUAGGAUGUUUUGAAACCUCACUAAAAAGGCUUCCAAAUCAUGAUGCAAUUCUUCCAAGUUGGUUAUUGUUUUUCCUUAACUUUUUUUUUGUUUUGGUUUGUUCUGUGUCUGUUGGGUAUUUUUAAUUAAAAGCAAUCAGUUAAAAAUAUAACUCAUAUGGCUGCUCUUACCUGCUUAGAGACAAUGUGGUAUUGAACUCUAGUAAAGCAAAGUGGUAGAGAUGUAAGUUCACUUUGAUUGCAUUUCAUACUACUCCUUCAAAUGCAAACUUACAGGCAGAAUUAAAUUACAUAUACCUCACUUUAGAAGCUUUAGAUUUUAUAAUUCUGUCUGCUUUUAUGGAAUGGCUUAUCAUUCUGUUAUAUGAACUUAAUAUUAUAAAAAUGAGUAGGUAAAUUUCACUAAUAUUACUACCCUCUCAAGGGAGCUGCUGUCUUUGAACAAAUAAUUCAAUUUGUAACAGCAAGAUUUAUCUUAAUGUUAUACUGGAAGGGCCAGACCCUCAAUUUAAUAAAUUACCGUAACUCAGAUGAAAUAAAUACAGCUAUAAUUUAUACUGUUGAGAAUCUAGCCUUCUGUUUUUUAAUCUUUAUGAACUUUUAAUAAAUGAAAGCCCAGAUUUUAAUUGUGGUUUUAAAAAUGUUUCAUAUUUUCAACCUAGCCUGUAAAAUUUAUGGUAUUAAAGGAGAUUUUGAAUAGGUUUUCUCAAAUUAAAGAAACAUGCUGCAAAGUCAGCAAGCAAAACAAAACAGAAAAAUAUUCUGCCUAAAAAGGAGUUUGAAAAUGGACAUUAUUGCCCAUCCUUAAAAUGUAAAAUUGUGUAUGAUGCUAUUGUGUCCUAUUACACAUGUCCAGAAAUAAAUGCAGAACAGGAAUGUAUGCAAAUUCAAAGCACUGUCUUCAUGUCGCUUAUGCAGCUACUUGUAACUAGCUUUAUAACUAACAUAUAACAUACUAACAUUUUAUAUUAAGCCUUUACUCAGCAGCCCUCCGUGAUGUGUCUUUCAGUCCUUGGAAUUUUGCGUUGGCGACUACUGUUCUCAUUGUAAUGUAUGCAUUUGUGGCAUUAUUAGCCUGCUGAGAAACAUUUCCAAAUAAAUGCUUAUGUCACUUAGCAUUACGUUAUUUCACACCAGCGAAUGAAGCAAACGUUUGAUUUCCCAAUAUUUUUGUAGUACAGCUUUUCUUUUACUCAAGUGGCACUUUAUCACCAAGAUCGAGAGAUUUGUGUAUUUUCCCUACUUUGAUAUUUGAAUCCAGUAGUUUAAGCUGUGGUGGAAUCUACUAAGAUAACUAAGAAAACUCUGGCUCCUGUCAAUUGAGUUAAAUUAUAUGGGAGUGUGUUACACUCCCCCUCCCUCUUUAUUUGGGGGAGGGGUGGAAAUGCAAAACAAAGGAUGACAAAACCCACACUGAACUACACUGACUUCUUGUAGUCUUGUGAGGAUCCUCCCUCUGCUGCAAACUCUUGCAAAUUUACCACGAACCCACUGCAACUUCAAACAAGACACACGCGAACAUAAACUUCUGGAACGAAAGGAUUACAAGAGUAUUACAGAUUUCUGUGGUGUAAUUUUAGCCUCAUUAAGUUCAGGCCGUUCUUUAGUACGAAAAUGCGCAUCUAAAGGACACUGAAGGCAAAGAGAUCAAACAGCUGAAGUUUUCUCUACAAGUGACCACCAUCUGAAGAACAGAAAGGAAAUGUAUUCACUAGCUGUUUUUACUGGUAGCUCUACAUGAGACAAAGGUGGCAAACUGGUAACGGAUUCUGAAAAUCUGAGAAAUAAGUUUAAGGGCACAACUCAGACAAAAGGAUAUCAUUAGAAGAAAAAAAAAUUGAGAGGGGCAGGGAAGUAAAGUUCUGUAAAUUCAGCAGUAAGGCAGGGAAUUAUGUUCUUUGAAGACAUGGGCAAGCCAGAGCACCACUUUAUAUAGCACAGAUGAUGUUUGAUGACACAAAAUAACUAAAACCCAGCAAAAACAAGGAUGUAGCCUUAGCAAUGAAGAUAAGCUUUUUGUCAUUGUUGACCAGCUAACUUCAUGCUUUUAUGUGGUUGCUGCCCUGAUCUGCACACAGAGUCCCCAAGAUUAUCACAAACAUCAUAGUGGAAGUAAUGAGCUGCUUCCGCACGUAGUCUGAUGGCUGAGUGCAGCUUUUAGGUUGGCUGGUCACCCUUACACUCUCUGUAAUGCAGCAACAGGUAAACACCACAGUGACUAAAAAAGUCCUCCAAGGAGAGGUAAAUCACUGACAACUCAUUGGGAAGGGAGGAACAUGUGGUGGGGUAAGUUAAAAGCAGGUCACAGUACUAAGACCAGUGAAAAAUCUGCCAAAGAUCUAGGGCCCACCAGCGUACUGCAAACCCCGAAUUCAGAGAUGCCAGAAAGCGGGGUGAAGAAAAGGAAAGGCAUUCAGCUUCACUUAUGCUAUUUAAAUUGCCAGUAAAGCACCAUAAGACAGAUAAUCAAAUCCUGUUAAAUCUUAAAAUAAAAUUUAGUGGUCUUUUAAUAUAAAUCAUUCUGGAAAGAAGCUAAGGAAACCUUGUAGGUCCACCAGAAACAGUGUGACUGAAUUCAGGCAAGGACUAAUUUUUAAGUCUGCUACUUGCCAAGGUUAUUCAGAUUAAUUUAUUCUGUUUCAGAGGACUAAAAGAACACAAUGCUUUAUUGUUAAGAUAUUCCCUUAGUAUUAACACACAAGCUUUCUUUGAAGCUUAUUACUACAUACAAAUUUGAUCUCCACAGAUAUCUAACCAAAACAAGGCAUUCACCUAAGCAGUACCCAGAGAUACCACAUGGGUUUUCAAAGCCCAUUUUAGUGAAGGUGGCUCCAGGAAUUACUGCUCUUGAAAGGAUUAAACAGUAAAAGCUCAAAUCACCACACACAAAAAGUUUGUCCUUGAGUACCCUUCUGCAUGUUCCCAACACAAUUCUGUAUUCACUCAACAAGUCCUGCAAUGCUGAACAACAUCCACAAGUCAGACAAUUACAAGAUAUAUUAAAAAUCCCCAAGCCUUUAUUUGUAAUUUUGACAUUAUUACAGUAUUUUCUGUUCAAAAAACCGUGCACAAUAAGGCUGUGAUAACUGACUUAACUUUGUUGCCAGAGUUUUAAUUCUCUUUUAUCUAAAGGUCUCUUUAAUCACUCUUUUAGAAAGAUUUAUCCUAGUCUUUGAAGGGAGUAGUAAGAACUUGGAUAGAAACAAGGCUAAAAGACUUCCGACUUAUGCAUUUGGUCAAGGUCCAAAGUGGCAAAGCUGCAGGAGUAUGUACAGAGCAAACAACAGAACUAUAGCAGACCAUUAGAUGUUACUUAGGAACUAACUUAAUUAUAUAGUCUCUUGUUUGUAGUGGUGGCUAAUAUAACUGUACAUACCAAACAAGCCCCAUUUUUCAGAAAGGUCAGCAGGUCAAAUACACAGCGAAAACUAGGAAAAUUUUAUUCUAUAAGCCCCAGCAGAACGUACCAUUAACACCAGUUGUAUACAAGAUCAUCCUAACGUGAAAUUUCUGAAUUAAAUUUUAAAAUUUGUCUGGUCUGCAAUAGCAUUAAUUACAGCUGCUAUACAGAGAAUCCAGUUCUGGAUUUAAAUAGUUACUUGACUCCGGAGGAACAAAAGGCAUAGACUCAGCUACAAAAAACAUUUAUCAGUAAGAUCAGAUGUUAAAAUUAGGCUAAAUCCAGACUCAGUUAGCAGUUAGAAUACAUAAUGUACCCGCACACUCUACUACCCAAACUACUGCAACGCCAGAGACAAGCCAUCUCCUUACUGUUAUAUACUUACUUCUUCCUAAUUUCACUUUUCCACUUGUCAGGACACCUCAGCAUGAGCAUGACAGUGCAAGGCUCUCCAGCAACCAGUCACUGUGUGUAGCCUAUUAUUCUAGAUUGCUUGAGUUCAACUGACAUAUUUCACAAGUUUUUAGAAUAUGCAUCUAACAGCAGCUGCCAUUCUCUUAUACAUCACACAGAAUUGUUUAAAAGUGGAUUCCUACAUACCACCUUUUGGCAAAAUAAAA